AUGGGCAACGUCGAGAAAGCAGCUCUGGUGGUAGAGACCGCGGUAGGCAUCGCAGCAACUCACGUGGGAGGAGUCGGGGUUCUGCCCGGGAGAGUCGGAGGCGUUCAAGGCUCGGCCCCUCCGGAUGGUUCCAUAGACCCCCAACAGCUCCUCUUGCAGCAAGCAAUGCAGCCUGGUGGCGCGGGGGCUAAUAAGAAGGCGAAGGAGUUGUAUGUGGGUAACCUAGCUCAAGGACAGGCGAACCAGGCCAACAUACGGGCAUUCUUCAACAACGCCUUAUCGGCUCUACCAGAAUACCAGCAGAAGUACGCUGCUCUAUUGCCGACUGGUGCGGUGAGAGAAGUGAGGAUGUCAGCGGAGGGCAUGUACGCCUUCGUGGAGUUCGCCUCAGAGGAAAUCGCCGUCACAUGUUUGGAACUGGAUAAGGCCGAGUUUCUUGGACGACCAAUGAAGAUCGGUCGGCCCACGGGGCUAAUAUUACCGGGCCCUGCCCCGCCCCCGAUGGACGUCAGCGUUCUGCGUAACCAGGGUUUCCUACCUACUAAGGCGAUGCCGACAAACCCUUCGCAGAACCGGAAGCAGCGCGAGCUCUACGUUGGGAAUCUCGCGAUUGGCGUGGUGACACCGCAAGUCCUUCACGAGUUAUUCGAGCCAGCCUGUAAAGUGCUCCCGGAUUACGACCCAGCUUUGGGGCCACCGGUGUUGCAAGCGGAAAUCAGAGGCGAUGGGAGAUUCGCCUUUGUGGAGUUCCAAAACGACCGACUAGCAACAGCCGCCUUGAGCAUUUUCAACGGGAUGGAAGUACUUGGGCGGCGUUUGAUCGUGAGCCGACCCCAAGGCUUUGUGGAGGGCGGCUCACCCGCUGGUUUGCCGGCUCCGACUGGCCAGCAACAACAAUGGAAUGCCAUGCCUCAACAAGCCAUCGGGGGUUGGGGAAUGACCACGACGGGUCAGGGUUGGGGUGGGGCUCAGCAGAUGCAACAACAUCAGUCCUGGGGCCCUGGAGGUCACUUGGAUAACGCCAACACUAUGCCGCUACAGAACCCACGGAAUUUCGGAGGCCAGAGUGAUGGUCAAGACGCGGCAGCCCGAGCUGGGGCGGAGGCGGCUCAGGCGCUCUUGGGGGGUGGUAGCCAGCAGCGAGGAGGGUGGUGA